CGCGGCUCUGCCAAACAAGCGACGCGAUGAUCUCGCCCCUCCUUCCUCCCAUUCCCACUCCACCUCCGCGAACCUAGCUCCGCCGCAGUCGCAUUCAUCUGCCGCCUCCUCGUAGCCGCCGCCGGCCCGUCGCCUCACAGGACUCCCGUCCAUACGCAACCUUAUCUAGGGUUUCAGAAUGGUUGAGCACGUCCAAAACUAUGAUGUGCUGGAGAAGUGUACAAAAGAUAUUCUCUCCAUAAUCAAGCCAACAGAGGACGAUCGGAACAAACGACUGCAUGCAAUUCAGGAGAUUGUGAAUUCCAUCUAUUUAGUUGGUGGCUUAGGCGAUGCCGCUGUCAAACCUUUUGGAUCCUUUCUAUCAGAACUCUAUGCAAAAUCAGGCGAUUUGGAUGUAUCAGUUGAGCUGCCAAAUGUCUCAGGCUUCUCUACAAGCAAGGAAAAGAAGCAAAAUCUCUUGAGAAAACUAAUGAAAGCUUUACAAAUUAGUGGUAACUUCUUUUAGAUCCAUGCACCUGUGAUCAUAAUGAAAGAUCUUGUACCCUAGUGAUGUAUACGUUUGAUCAAUCUAUUCAAGACCACCCUCUUGAUUUUUGGUUGCUUCAGAUGUCCGGAUCAUUUUUCUGAUACAAUCAUGUUCCGGGGUUGUUUGAUUGAAUGCAAUACCUUUUGAUGUCUUUACGGAUGUACUUAUUUAAAUUUUGUGAUCAAUUUUGAAAGAACAAUCUUAUAUUUAAUUAUAUUUCCAUACUUUAUUUAAGUGUUGCUAGAGAUGUGAACUUCAUUCCUACUGCAAGAGUUCCAGUCCUUCAAUAUGUGAGCAACCACUUUGGCAUUUCCUGUGAUAUAUCCAUCAAUAACUACCCUGGUCGAAUUAAAUCCAAAGUGUUGUACUGGAUCAAUACCUUAGACAGCCGCUUUGGUGAUUUGGUUUUAUUGGUCAAGGAAUGGGCAAAAGCUCAAAACAUUAAUGAUCCAAAAAAUGGAACCCUGAACUCCUAUUCACUUUGCUUACUUGUCCUUUUUCAUUUUCAGACAUGCAAGCCUGCAAUUUUACCACCUAUGAAAGAGUUUUUUGAUUUUAACAUUCUAGGAGAAAUUGGGCCUUAUAAUGAAAAAAUUGUUGAUGAGAUCUGUGCCACAAAUAUAGCAAAAUUUCGACGCCAGAACAUAGGGCAAAGAAAUCAGAGCUCUCUGUCUCAUCUCCUUGCAACCUUUUUUGAGAAGUACUGUUUGCAGUUUGGGCGUAUUGUUGUCCAUUCUAGUGAGGUUGUAUCCACUUACACGGGUCGGCUCCUGCGAAAACAAGGCGGCCUAUACUGGAUGACCAAAUCUUACUGCUUGUUUGUUGAAGAUCCAUUUCAGAGACCUGAUAAUGCAGCUAGAACAGUUGAUGUGCCAGAGCUUCAGCGUAUUGUUAGAGCCUUCGAACAUGCUAAAAGUACAAUCUCCUCCAGUAGGCUGGCCGGCCGGAAUGAAUUGCUUUCGCUGCUGUGCACACCUGAAGUUGGUUCAAAACUAGGUGCGAGAGGCACGGCAAACCGUUACGCAAAUCCUGCGACGACUUCAGAUCGUCAAGCUAAUGUGCAUGAUGUGACUGCAAUGUUUGAUGGGCUUUGGCGUGGACGUCUCCACAAUGGUUCCGCAUCCAGCUCGCGAUCCCAAGCAUCAUCCAGCAGGACAGCAGGGCAAUAUCGGUAGCAAGCCAACGAUAUCCACCGACAGGUAGUCCCAGGGUAGCAGCAGAUGAUCUUUCAGCUUUUCUACCAGUAGUGUGUACCAAGUAUGUUUAAUUAGUAAGCUUUUGCCCGACGAUCUGCAUCCUUUUAUGUUACUUGACCUAGUUCCCAGCCGGCCUCAUGUGCUUGAGCCCGUGGUCAUGUGGAUUGUAGGAUCCAAAACUUGUAGUUUCGGUUGACAGAACCUUCUUUGAAAUUCCUCGCUAUGCGUGCAAGUGCUAUGAAUUCAAAGAAGACGAGGAGGACCAUGUAUGUACUAUGUAGUCAUGCAGUCAUGCUUUUGCUUUGUAGCACCCUGUACUAAGCUUA